AUGGCAACAACAACAGUAUAUGGUGGUGAUGAAAUCAAUGCAAUCAUCCUAGAUGCAGGAUCAUACACUACAAGAAUAGGUUAUGCAGGUGAUGAUUUCCCAAAAGUCAUCACAUCAUCUUAUUAUGGAGAGAUUAAAGCUGAAGAAGAAGAAGAAGAAGGUGGAAAACCAAAGAAAAUCUUUGGAGAAUCAAUUAAUGUCCCACGUAAAAAUUGUGAAAUUAAACCAAUUUUAAAAGAAUCUAUAAUUACAGAUUGGGAUGCAGCACUUGAACAAUAUCAAUAUUUUUUUGAUCAAUUAAAAAUACUGCAACCUGAUCAACCUAUUUUGGUAACGGAACCUAUUUGGGGUGAAGCAUCAUAUAGAGAGAAAUUAGUUGAAAAUUUUUACGAAACAUUUGAUUUUGCUGGAUUAUAUUUAGCUAAAACACCUACUUGUGUUUCAUUUCAACAAGGGAGACCAAAUUGUCUUGUUGUUGAUGUUGGACAUGAUUCAGUGUCUGUUACUCCAGUUAUUGAUGGUAUUUGUUUAGUUAAAAGUUCAAUGAAGACAAAUUAUGGUGGGAGAUUUUUAUCUAAUGAAAUUCAAGAUUAUCUUGAACAUCAAAAAAUAGUAGUAGAACCAAGUUUUAAUAUUAAAUCAAAAACUGCUACAAAAUUCCCUGAACCCGCUAAAUUUGAAACUAAAAAUAUCACCACAACUCAAUCAUUUAUGGAUUAUCAAAAACAAAAAAUAUAUCAUCAAUUUAAAGAAAUUCUAGAAGUACCAGAAAAGAAUUCUACUAAGGAAUCCCCAAGAACAUUUGAAUUGCCUACAGGUCAAUCGAUUACAAUAGACCGUUUUAAAAUUGCUGAUUCAAUAUUUGAUCCAACUGUUUAUAAAUUUAAUAAUGAAAAAUUAUCUUUCCCGGCAUGUAAUGGUGAAAUUGAAAUUAAUCAAGCAAACGAAUAUCGUCCACUUAAAAGAGUACGUAAAAAUGAUUCAAAUCAAUCUACACCAGCACCAGAAGUUGAUGUGCGAGGUUUAACUCAAUUAAUCUGCCAUACAUUAUCAAGUAUAGAUAUUGAUUUAAGAGCCUCAUUAGCUAAUAAUAUUAUUGUUACUGGUGGGGUAUCUCUUGUUUCUCAAUUGACAGAUCGUCUUUAUCUUGAAUUAUCCAAUAAUAAUCCGGGAUUGAAAAUUAGAUUACAUGCUGUGGGUAAUUCAAGUGAAAGAAUUAAUCAAGCAUGGAUUGGGGGUAGUGUAUUGGCUUCAUUGGGUACAUUUCAUCAAAUGUGGGUAACAAAAGAAGAAUAUAAAGAAGCAGGAGUAGAUAGAAUAUUAAAUCAAAGAUUUAGAUGA